UUGCAUCUUGUGUAUGGCGUGGUUAAGCUUGCAGCCUGUCACCUCGGCCUUCCUCCAUUUUGGGCUGGUUACUUUUGUGCUGUUUUUGCAUGGUUUGCAGGUGGACGCUGGCCUGACGGGAGACUCAACCAGUUCAGUACAAAACAGCUCGUGUUCAGGAUCUUUUGACUGCAAGGAAGGCGUUAUCCUGCCAAUAUGGUACCCAGAAAACCCAUCCCUUGGGGACAAAAUUGCCCGUGUUAUCGUAUACUUUGUAGCACUGAUCUACAUGUUCCUUGGAGUCUCCAUAAUUGCAGAUCGUUUCAUGGCAUCUAUAGAGGUCAUUACAUCGCAAGAGAAAGAAAUCACGAUUAAGAAACCCAAUGGAGAGACCACGACGACCACCAUUCGGAUUUGGAAUGAAACCGUUUCCAACUUGACCCUCAUGGCUCUAGGCUCCUCUGCUCCUGAGAUCCUUCUGUCUCUGAUAGAAGUGUGUGGGCAUGGAUUCAUAGCUGGAGACCUGGGGCCGUCUACAAUUGUUGGCAGCGCUGCUUUCAAUAUGUUUAUCAUCAUUGCCAUCUGUGUCUACGUGAUCCCUGAUGGGGAAACCAGAAAGAUAAAACACCUGAGGGUUUUCUUUGUCACAGCUGCGUGGAGCAUCUUUGCUUACAUCUGGUUGUACAUGAUCCUUGCUGUCUUCUCUCCAGGUGUGGUUCAGGUCUGGGAAGGCCUGCUCACGCUUUUCUUCUUUCCACUUUGUGUCCUCCUGGCUUGGAUAGCAGACAGACGUCUGCUUUUCUAUAAGUAUAUGCACAAAAAGUACCGUACGGACAAGCACAGGGGCAUUAUCAUCGAAUCAGAAGGUGAUCACCCUAAGGGCAUUGAGAUGGAUGGCAAGAUGAUGAACUCCCACUUUCUGGAUGGAAACUUAGUGACUGUGGAGGGGAAAGAGGUAGAUGAAUCUCGCAAAGAGAUGAUCCGGAUCCUUAAGGACCUGAAACAAAAGCACCCAGAAAAGGACUUGGAUCAGCUGGUAGAAAUGGCUAACUACUACGCCUUGUCUCAUCAGCAAAAGAGCAGAGCUUUUUAUCGCAUUCAAGCUACCAGGAUGAUGACGGGAGCUGGCAAUAUUCUGAAGAAGCACGCAGCCGAGCAAGCCAAGAAGAGCACCAGCCUGCAUGACGUGCGGCCAGAUGAACCCGAGGAAUUCAUCUCCAAAAUUUAUUUUGACCCAUGCUCCUACCAAUGUCUUGAGAACUGUGGUGCCGUUCUCCUGACAGUGGUGCGGAAAGGAGGGGACGUGUCCAAGACCAUCUAUGUGGACUAUAAAACAGAGGAUGGCUCUGCCAAUGCUGGUGCUGACUAUGAGUUCACAGAGGGGACUGUUGUCUUGAAAUCAGGGGAGACCCAAAAGGAGUUCUCAGUAGGAAUUAUUGAUGAUGACAUCUUUGAGGAAGAUGAGCAUUUCUUUGUGCGGCUCAGUAACCUCCGUGUGGUGGAGAGUGAGGAACCUCCAGAGCUCGGUAACUGCCCGUACCCAAAGGCCAUAUUGGCUUCUCCUUGUGUGGCCACAGUGACUAUACUGGAUGAUGACCAUGCUGGCAUCUUCACAUUUGAGUGUGACGUUAUACAUGUCAGUGAGAGCAUUGGUGUGAUGGAAGUCAAAGUCCUAAGGACAUCAGGUGCUCGGGGUACAGUCAUAGUGCCAUUUAGGACAGUGGAAGGGACAGCGAAAGGAGGCGGAGAAGACUUUGAAGACACUUACGGGGAGUUGGAGUUCAAGAAUGAUGAAACUGUGUAAGUAACCCAUUUGUUUCU